UGCUCGGGUACCCAGUUCAGCACAGCGGCACAGUCAGGGAUGUAACUUUAGUUUUAGUUACACUUUCACACCCCACGAUUUUUUAUUUAUUUAUUUUUGCUUUGUCUUUCACUAGUGCUCAAGUGAGCUCCGCUGUUCCGUCUGUACGGGAAGGGUCAUGUUCUCGUGCUUCUUGGAACCUCUGCCUCCGUGAUGGAUCUCAAAACCUGUCUCCAAACCACACUGAAGAACAAGUAUCAGAAACUGAAUGAAGCGUACUCAUUACUUCCUUCAAGACUUUGCUAUCGGGCGCUCAAGCACGACUACCCGUUACCAAAUUUGCACCAGCAUGAGUUUAGAUAUGUUGACAAGUCUGACCUUCAUGCUUGGAUUCUUUUUGAAACUGUCCUGCUCACUGAUAUUUUAUCAUGUGAUUGCAAACACAACAGCAGAAAAAGAACAGUCAUUACUUUGGGAGUAUGUGGCGUCGGGAAAACCACAACAGUGCAGAGUUGUGCUCUCGAUUGGGCCGAAGGGAAAGGGUACCACAACAUUCACCUCCUUUUUCCUCUCACAUUCUGGGAGUUAAAUUUGCUAAAAUGCAAAUUGAGCCUAAUUGAGCUUCUCAAGACGUUUUACCCUGAUUUAAAGGAGCUCAAUGUUUCCAGCUUGAAUGAAAACAACGUGUGGUUUGUCCUCGAUGGACUGGAUGAGUAUCAUCUCGAGCUAAACUUCAGCUGUUCAACUGUGAGUGAUGUUUCUGAGGUAUCCACAGUGGAUGUUCUAGUGACUAAUCUGAUCAGGGGGAAUUUACUUCCCCAAGCUCACAUAUGGAUAACAACCCGAUAUGCAGGAGCAGCACAAAUCCCUCAUUGCCAUUUGCUUAAAGAGACUGAGGUUGAGGGGUUUAAUGAUGAACAGAAGGAGCAGCACUUCAGGACAGUUAUCGGUAAUGAUUAUCUGGCCAACAAAGCCAUCGACCAUGUGAAAAUAUCAAGAAGCCUGGACUUCCUUUGUCAGAUACCGCCAGUCUGCACCAUCAUGGCAACUGUUCUGAAGAAUGAUCUAAAAGCAGAUGAUGGGUUUAAAAUAAAUCCUUUGAAUCUAACCCAAAUUUACUCAAAUCUGGUCAAAGCAUCAAACUCUGAUAUUAUUGCCAAGCUGAAAAAGCUGGCACUGCUUCGGAUGAGAGAGGGUAAUGUAAUGUAUGAGUCUGACCUUCAAGCGAGUGACAUAAGUGUUGAGGAAGCGUCCGCUUUGGCCAGAGAGUGUCCACUGGUGUUGAGAGAAGAGAAUGGGCUGCACAACACCACAGUGUUUCGCUUUGGUCACUCGAGCAUUCAAGAGUUCUUGGCUGCGUGUACCAAGUUGGACGACAUUGAAGCGAGUCCUACCCCGUCUGUUAACUGUCUGUAUCUCGUGGACCAGGCGCUGCAGAGUGAUGAGGGCAAAUUUGAUGUCUUCCUUCGCUUCAUCUUUGGCCUCAUUAAGGAGCGCGGGAUGUUGGAGCCCACCGAUCGGCUGUUUGUCUACACCAAGAAGAAGAUCCUUGACAACAUUUUGUCUUACAGAGCUGUGGGCCUGUUCCACUGUCUGAGGGAAUAUGACCGGCAGGCUUUACUGAGCGAAGUCAAGUCAUUUCUGCACUCGGGCAUCUCUCCGAUCUACGGAUUCACACCGAUGCAUUGGCAAUUCAUGAUCCAAAGGACCAGCAAUUUUGAAGGGAUGCGAGGACAUUUUGAGAUGCAAGUGUCCAAAAGAUGUGAUGAAAGUCUUCUCAGACACAUACCACAUAUUCUGAAGUCCAAGAAAGCCAUGCUGCGAUUCUCUAACCUGACAGAUAAGUGUUGUCCAGCUUUAGCAACAAUCCUCAGCACAAAAGAGUCCUACCUGAGAGAGCUGGACCUGGGAUACAACAGCAUCAGUGACGAUGGAGUCGGGAAACUUGUGGAGGGGCUGAGCGAUCCGAAUUGCAGACUGAAAACACUCAGGUUGCAAGGCUGUGAAAUGACCUCGCAUGCCUGUAAAUAUCUGGCCACGGCCCUGACCCAGUCCCUCAAACUGAAAGAGUUGGAUCUCAGCAGGAAUGAAAUAGGAGAUGAUGGGCUGCGACAUCUUGCAAAUGGCUUGAGAUCUUGUGAAUGCAAGUUAGAAACACUAAAACUAUCACAGUGCAACAUUGAGGAAAGGGGCUGCUGUUAUCUGGCCUCAGCUCUGCAGAGGAAUCCCUGUCUGAAAGUGUUGGAUCUUAGCAUCAAUAUGAUCAGAGACAAGGGGGCCAAUGAACUCUUCGCAAAAUUUGAUAUAUCACAGCUAACAAAGCUGGAGAUGUACCACUGCGGCCUCACUGCGUUAAGCUGUGAAAAUAUUGGGGCAUAUCUGAAGGUUGAAGCCAGCAGUCUGGUAGAACUCAAUUUGAGCAACAACAACUUGACAGAUGCAGGGUUUGGGCUCAUCUGCGAGGGCAUGUACGCAUGGUGUAAACUGGAAAAACUCAAUGUUUCAAGAUGUGCAAUCAGUGGUGCAGGUUGCGUUUAUUUGGCAAAGGUCCUGUGUUCAGUCUCGCAGCUCUACAGUGGGUGGAUACAAAAAACAGACUGGCAGGCAGUCGAGCUGAAAGACCUUGACCUCAGCAUGAACUGCCUCAGAGACAAGGGAGUCAAAGAAAUUUCUGCUGGACUGAAGAAUCAGUACAGCCAUCUGAAAUCUCUCAACCUGAGUCACUGCAGCCUGACCGAUGAGUGUUGUGCAGAGCUUGCAUCAGGAUUUGCGUCAGAGGAGAGCAUUAUCAGCGAGCUGGACCUGUCUGGCAACAACCUCCAGGACAAGGGAGUGAGGAAACUCUGCAUCGGAUUGAGAAGCCCUCAUUGUAAACUUGAGAAGUUAUCACUGAGGACCUGUGGCCUGAGCUCAAAGAGCAUUCAGUUCCUGAUUGCUGCCCUGAAGUCAAACCCCCAACAUCUGGCAGAGCUGCAUCUGAUGGGCAACAAUCUGGAAGACUCAGGAAUCCGGAUCCUUAUGGAAAUAACAAAGAACCCGAAAUACUCCUUACAUACAAUAGAUGUCUCAACAGAUUGAGGAGACAGACAGAAGGCAGACUCAAGGACACAAACUGCUACAACUGGCUCACAUUUCUCAGACCACAUACUUCGCUGUAUUUCGGUGCAUAUUGUAGCAACUAUAUCAAGUGGUGUUUUGUUUUAUUUGUUUGCCUUAUCUACUCUUUUUAAAGAUUAUUUUCUAAAGAUUAUUAUCUUAUUUUUUUAUAAUACUUUGUACAAUAGAUUUAUGUUUUUAUGCAGUGCCUUAGUUCUAAACCGCCAUGUGUUUUCUCAGGUUGCAGUGACCUGUACUUGAAAGUGAAAUAACCCUGAGAAAUAUGAAGGGACAUGUAUGAUGAAUGUUAUGUACUAAAGUAGUUAAUCUAAUGCAGUAAUUGGAAUAAAAUGUAAUCUCUUGUCACCGCAAAAUAAACUGUUAGUGUUG